GAGCAGAACAACUACCCUGCUCCUCCUCACGGCCCAGGCCCGGCCAACACCAUGGCACCUGCGCCGGGAAACAACGGCAUGGCCACCCAGCCAGGGGCAAACGCCAUGGCAGGUAACCAUGCUAACGCGGCGUACCUGAGCAACCAGGCGGCGGUGGCUGCGGUUCUGAAACAACAACAGCAGCAGCAGCAUCAGCAGCAGAUCCUGGAGCAGCAGCAGAAGCAGCAGCAGUACAUGCAGAGACAGCAGCUCAUGGCUGAACAGGAGAAGCAGCGGCAGCAGGACCAGCAGCUUCAGAGGCGCCUGACUCGACCGCCACCACAGUACCAGGACCAGCCGGGUCAACCGGCCAAUCAGAACCCUUUCCCACAGCAGCCAGUCAACCAGUUUACAG